UGCGAGCUAGCCUGUACGAUGCUCGAAGUGGCGAGUACGGCUCCAUCCAGCUUACCGCCCCUGUAUGACGAUGUUUUUCCUGCAUUACCCUCUGUUGGGACCGAACAGAGACCAGUGGCGGAAGGACUAGCUUCAUAUCAGCCUGCCGAUUCUGUGGAGGUUGUUAAAAUACCUCUAGAUGAGAGGAGGUAUCAGUCGACAGAUGAGUCCAUGUCAUUGGAGCAGUCACGUGUUUGUGCUGCUAUAGGGAAAAGUCUUGGCGUGAAAAUUGAACUAACAAACUCAAAGAACAAUUCUCUAAACAUCCUUAUUUCUGGUCCUGCAGCACAAGUUGCAAAGGCCAAAGUGAUGGUUAUCCAGGACUUACAGCAGCAAGCCCAAAGGGUAAUUAAAGUUCCCCAUGAAUUUCAUCGAUUUAUUAUUGGCUCUGGCGGUCAGAGGAAAAAGGAUCUUGAAUCAAGCACCCUUACCAAGAUAUAUGUUCCAUCUUCGUCUUCCAAAUCAAAUGAGAUCAUAAUUGUUGGUUCCUCUAACAAGAUUAUUGCUGCGGAGAAAGAAAUUCUUCGGAUUGUGGAAUACCAGUCUCAACAAGCUGAAGAAAAAUUGACCAUUCCUAAAAUAUAUCACCCAUUUAUUUGCGGAGCCUUUAACCGCACUGUAAGCGAAAUCAUGGAGAGGACGGGUGCGAGGAUUUCUAUCCCUUCAGCAAGGAGCCCAAAUCUUGACAUCAAGGUGUCCGGGAAAAAGAAUGAAGUUGCUAAAGCGGUUUCCGAAAUCACCAAAAUAUACAAGGCUCGUGAGGAACGCUGUACCACAAUAACUUGUUCGGUACAGCGCGACAAGCAUCGCCUUGUUAUCGGAUUUCGCCGAAGUGGACUGCAGGAGAUUUUUGACAAGACGGGAGUUUUCGUUGAACCUCCGGAAGACCCUGAGGGUGAGGAGUUUGUUCUCCGUGGCUUUCCUGAAGAUCUUGGACUUGCCACGACCUUAAUUUUCAAGCGUGCCUCCAGCUCUGCUACCAAAUGUAUUGUCGCUCCUCAGCGUCUUUACAAACUUUUGAUUGGAAAGAAGGGAUCCGCCUUAAAUUCUAUUCUGGAGGGUUAUGCUGCCGUUCGAGUUGGGUUCUUAGAGGGUGAAGACAAGAUAACGGUGGAGGGACCUCCAGAAGAGGUUUUGGUGGUCGAUAAGCGCUUAAGGACAAGAGUCGACGAGCUCACUGCGUCGCACUACUUGGAUUUCAUAAAGGUGGAUCCUAAGUACCAUUUGAAGUUGUUGGGGAACGGCCCUGAUAGCAUAAAUCGAUAUGUUCGGUCCCAUCGCUUGAGUGUUUGGUUUCCAUCCGCUAAGGAAUGUGGGAGGAUAGCAAAUGAGUCUGACGUCUUUAUUGAAGGUGAACGACAAUCUGUUGAAAAUGUGAAGGAGGAGAUUAGCAAACUCGUUAAGAAAUGGGAGAACGAGAAAAUUAGGGACGUGAUAGUUGAUCCUCGUAUCCAAAAUUUGUUAAGGUCUGGUAAUCCCCCUCCUAUUCAUGCAAUAGAAGAAGCUUUUCCAGGAGCCGAAGUUAGGUGGCCUCAGCAAGCUGGCAGUGGUGAUAAGAGACAGCGUCAUAGCACAUCCACUGGUAAUGGGACUUCUGCCACCACGGACUACGUUUUGCAACUCUGUGGAGUUAGAGAUCAAGUUGAUUCUGCAUUUGAGAAGCUUAACAAAUUAGUAAAACAAAUUACGGAAGAAAAUUAUGAGCAAGAGUUCCGCAUUUUCAAGGAGUGUCUUCCGCGCAUUCUGGGCGCAACAAUUGUUAAUCUGCUGAGGGAAACGCGAACUCGCAUCCACUAUUUCCCUCCCUCUGACGACGGUUCUCAACCCGUCAGUAUUAUUGGUCGUCGAGCGGACGUUGAUAAUGCAGUUGCACGCCUUGAAAAAUUACAGAAAUCUAUGGCGAACGUACAGGAAAUUGCCAUUACUUUACCCACAUUGAUGCUUUCGAAACAGCCCGGAAACUCGACCACUCCCGCAGCCCGUCUUCGAUCCAUUCGUGAGCAAUGUGACGGCGUCCAGUUGAAGACGAAUCCCGCUCAACCUCGCCAGCUGAUCAUUUCAGGCCCACCUGAGGCUUUGAAAAAGGCCAAUAUUCUUAUCGAGUCAAUGUGUGCGAAGAUGCUCGAGCGUUGCUCUGACUGCGUCGUAUUUGCGAAUCCAAAGUUCCAUGGCCAGUUGAUUGGUCGUGGCGGUGCCACGUUGAAGAAGUUUCGUGAAAGACACAAUGUUGAGGUUCUUUUUCCGGAUCGUUUAGAGAGCGAUCCAAAGCGUGCCUCAGAGAUCCACGUUAUUGGUGAGAAGGAAGCCGUUGUGAAGGCGGUGGAGGACAUGAAACAGACAGUGAAGAAUAUGGAGGAUGAAACAGAUAUCACAAUAAAGUGUGAACCAUCUGUUAUUAAUGAUCUUUGGGUUUACCGAAGCGCUUUCCAUCAUCCAGAAUUAGAUCGUGUUAAGGUUAUAUUUCCAAAAUCACCUAACUCCUUUAAUCGUCGUGCUGAUCAGGGAGGAAGUGGGCAUCCUUCCUCAAACGAGAAUGUGGAUGCUACAAUCCGCAUUUUCGGACCGAAGGGUUGUAUUGAGGAUGCGCAGCAGUGCAUAAUGAGCAUGAUCGAAGACGUCAAGAACCAGACGGUUGUCAAACACCCGGUAACUGAGGUUGACCAGUUCCAAGUCCUCAGUCGACUUCGUUCAACUAUUUCUGAUAUGCAAAAACGUCAUCAGGUCUUGAUCAGCUUACAGCUUAACCGAGACGGCUUUCGAGAAGAUCAAAGUGAGCGGAUCCUAUACGGUCAUAUAGUUCUCACCGGCACUGCAGAAAGAAUCAAUAGUGUUCUGAAGAACGAAAUCCUUCCUUUGUUACCUAUCUCCCAGGAGGUUGCUUUCCCGCGUGAGUUUUACGGCAAACUAUUUAUGGCUGAACAGCCUCCACAACCACCACAGACUUCCACUCGCCGAGGACAGGGGGCUUCUCAACGAGGUAUUGGUCAUAUGAAGAAUGGAAAUUCUCGCGCCACCGUUUUGUCUGGCCAUCAGUCUGAAAAUGGGGAAGCAGCACCCAAGACAAGGCUAAAUGCCCUUCGAACUAAAUUCAAUGUUUUCAUCAGUGUCCCUCCAAGAAUCCCUCGAGGUUCUGAUCGGAUCACCAUUCGUGGCACUCCUGAUGCUGUUGAGGCUUGUAAAUCUGAGUUAAUUUCUCUUGAAGCUCAGUUCCUGGCUGAGAAGGCGGACUGGGAAGCACGUAACUACGAGGAGAUCCUAAAUACAGAGGAACGUUAUCUUGGCCGGAUUAUAUCUGGGGAAAGGGAACGGUUACUAAAUCAGUAUGGUGUAGCUAUUUUCACGCGAGGUCGCACCGCUGCGUCUUCAAAUGCUCAAUCUACUUUAUUGAAUUCGGAAACCGAUGGUGGAGAUGCUCCUGCAGAGGGAUCCAGUCUCCCCAACAACUUAGCGGAUGGUGGACGCUACGCCGGUUAUCGUCUCGUAAGCUCAGCUAACGUGCCUCUGGUGCUCCAGGGCUACAAGGAGAAAGUCAAGUUGGCUCGUGAAGAGUUGGAAAAGCUCUUUCAAAAAUUUACUUCAUUUACGUGCAUUGAACUUCAUAUUCCUUUGGAGGCUCAUGCACGUUUGAUUGGGUCUCAUCACUAUAACAUUCACCGUUUGGAAGAGUUGUAUGAUGUUGAUGUGGAGUUUCCACCCCGUGGAGCUAAAGGGGAAGCAGCUGAGGUCGUCCUCGUAAUGGGGUACCCUGAUAACGUUGAUGAAGCCUGUAAUGAAUUGAUUAACAAGGCUAACGAUAUUGUAAGUCUUUGUUUGAACAUGAAUCUAGUGCUUUACAAAAACCAGAUCCUCGAGAGUCGCCAAAUCGGAGCGAUUUUCUGGUACUUGGUGCUCCUUGGGAAUGCACCCAAAAUAACCCUCCUUCAGACAAAUAAUUUGGUCCCUCUCCUCGCUUUUCACGGUCCUUACCUUUAUUUCCUGCCAUUGCGUGCAUUCUUUUCCUUUCGUUUGGAUUGUGAUCCCACUGGCACUUGUUCUCAGGCAUUCUUAGAUGGUUGGUACAGCUGCAUUCGUUGA